AUGGAGGACAAAUCAUCGCUCACUAACCAGUACAUAGGCUGCGGAUAUUACCAUUGUCUGUAUUGUGAGAGGGCAUUUAAACAGUUGUCUCACCUACAGCAACAUCACAGAAUUCAUACAGGUGAGAAGCCGUACAGAUGUCCACUAGAUGGUUGUGAUAAAGCCUUUGCUCAAAUGUCAAACCUGCAGCAUCAUAUGCGUCAACAUGAUAAAAGCACGUUUGGACAAAAACAGUGCAUGUGUCCAUUUUGUGACCGAGGUUAUGCUAGUGAAAAAAGUCUCAAAUCUCAUCUUAGCAAGAUGCAUCCAGACUCUAAACUACUUGGUCUUGGAGGACAGAGGAGUAAUCUCCCUUUGAUGGAAGGUCAAGGUCAUCCAAUGUUGGGCAGCCCACAACCUGGUGUAACGAUCUCGCAUCAUAACUCUCUACCCAUGAUGCACCAUUCAAUGAAGUCUCCACUAACGCCACCUGGUGGUCCACUAGAGCUUACUGUAAAUUCUCAUCAACGAACGGCUAUGGGUGGAGAUGGGAGAAAAUACAGUCUAGAUUCUGGGAAGUUCUCAAUGAAUAAUGAAAUGCCACACGAUAGCAAAAUAUUUCAGCGAAGUUUGUCAGAACGUUUACCAGAAAGAGGUCAUGAUAAGAUAGACAGUAUGUUUGAACAAAGAUUUGGUUUACAGAAUCAUUUCCGCGAUAUGAACCGUUUCAAUGACCGUUCAUUUGAGCCAUUCUCACCUAGCAGGUUCCAUGAUGCUGUACGAUCAUUUGAUUUUAAGGAGCUUGAGGCGAAGUUGUUUGAUCCAAGUGGGGAAAAGUUUCAAAGAAUGGCAGAAAAUUUCCAAGAAUUUCGAUCUCGAUUCCAAGAUCAGAUGUUAUCAAUGAAUCGUCGAGAUGGCAGCCGACAAGCUGGUAUGUCAUUUGAUGGUCGUAACAUGAUACCGGAUAUGAAUGAUCGAAGUAUGUUCUUUAAUUCAAGAAAUGAUAUGGUAGAUUUUCCUCCAAGAGAUCGGUAUGACAAUAGUCGAAAUUACAACGGUAUGAAUAUUAACGGAAUAGAUAGUUACGCUCCGAACCGCCACGAUGACUUGAGACUUCGAAGCCGUAAUGAUAUGGGUAGCAGAAAUAACUUGAGCAGUCCGAAUUAUAACAGAUCUGAUCGUGUCAACGAAAACAUGGGCAUGGGUAUGGAUGGUCAGAUGUCGUUGGAGAUGCGUAGAAGCAGUCUCAAUUUGGAUCAGAAUAUUAACGCUAGAAAUAGUUCCGCCAAUUCAGAUAUUAUUAUGAAUCGCACAAAUGAUAUGAAUCCUAACCAAGAUAAUCAUUUACGGUCAAACCAAAGAAAUGGUAUGCUUGGUACACAGGAAAAUGAUAUGAUUGGAUUGCCUGGAAGGAAUAGUAUCGACAUGAAUUUAAAUGGUGGACGAAUAAUGCCCACACAGAUUCCAAGAACUGACUCAAGAAAUAAUUGUACUGGAAUAAUGGCUCAAGAAAAGACAAUGAUGUUAGGUAGUGGCAGCAGUGGUGAUGGUGGUCAGAAUCAGAAAGUUGGCAUGGAGAUGGUAGACCGUAACGCAGAAAGAGUUGAUAAUGAUUAUAGUGCAAGAAUGCAUAAAUCUGAUGUUAAUAAAGCCAGUAGAAAUGACUUUGACAUGAUGGAUAGGGGCAAUAUAAGAAUGAACACUGACAGAGUUAUGUCAGAGGAGAAAUUGCAGCAGAAUGAAGAUAUGGUGAUUGAUGAUAAUAUGAAUAUGGGGACCGUACAUCGCGAGUCUGAGGAAAUUCGAAUGCAGAGUCGAAACGGAAAUAUACAGAUGGGAAUGUGCAAUGACAUGGAGCUGAGCAGUCCAAAUAAUGGUUACACAGAGAAAUCUGAAAUACAUGCACAGAAUAUGAUGAUAGCUGAUGGAAAUUUGACCCCAAAUAUGCAGGAUGACCUUAGCUACAAUAGGGGAAACAAUUUAACACAAAUGAACAGUCAACAUACAACUCCUAAACAAAAUGGACACGGUAAUGUUAUACAGACAGUUCAAGAGUCAGAAAUGGAGUUUGUGGACAGAAGUGAUAAUAAAAAUUCACCCACUUCUAAUCAUAUAUCUGAUCCUAAUAUAAUAAGACAAAGAAAACAGCGUAAGCCAGCUAAUCCCCAGCAUGUCUUCAUGCCUUCAAUAGAUCACUACACAAGCUUUGCUGCUGAUGAAGUGGAAGAAUGUGGAGCGCUGAUGUAACUUAUCCAAUGAAAUUGCUUUAUUCAUAUACGAUAUCCAAUCAGAUUGGAUUUAGGAACUUGUUAUUUGUCAAUCAUCCAAUCAGAUUGGAUUUUACAAAAUGUCAGUAAAUUUGACAUUCUUUAUAUUUAAUGUGAAGUCUCAUUGGUGUAUUUUUUUAUGAAAUAGAGUUUUAAUUGCUAAUAUGUGACAUUGAUUCUGGUAACUCAAUCCUGAAAGGAGCACUGAGUACCAGGAAACAUUUUUGCACUGUAAAUGUUAUUUUGUUAUUAAUUCAGUCCUAAGGAUACAUUUUUUAAAGAUGUUGUUGAUACUAGAAAAAUAUUGUUUUCUUAUCAUGUAAACCAACCAAUAUAAUUGGUGGAAUUUUUAGAAAUCACAUUUUGAUCUGUGUGCGUUUUUUUCUUCUUUUUCUUUUCAUCCAAUCAUGUCCCAUGUUACAUAAUUUAUCACCAGAAUAUCUAGAAUCAGAAAAGAACCAUUUGAUUGGCUGUACUUACUUCUUCAUGAUUGUUACUAUAAAUAGUUUUUAUUUUUACUCAAUAUUACUUGAAACUGCUUUAAGAAUCAAACCAAAAAAAGCAAAACAGACAAAACCAUAAGUUUCGUUAAAGAUGCGUGGAAAUGAAAGCAUUUGGUCAAUAACAGUUACAAGAUUACAACAGUCUCUAUCUGUGAUAUUUAUACACAUUUCCUUCUACACGCUAUAAACUUCAGGAUUCUUGGUAGUCAGCUUGUGGAAGUAACAGAAUGAUUUUAUUUAAAAUUAAAAAAAACUGGACUUGCAAUUUAAAUAUCAUUCAUCACUGGCAUGAAUCUGAGGUGAAGUUUUUAAUGUAUAAUACAACAGCUAUUUUCAUUGGCUGUUGUAAAUUUCAAAUAAGCCAAUGGCAGGAUUGCAUGUAAAUAUAGAAGCUAGGCAAGUUGUAACUGAUUACAGCUCACAUGAUAAUUAUUUUUGUACUAAAGUAUUUUUGAACAUAGAAUUGUUAGUUGAAUAAUAAUUCUUUAUACUAUUAUAAGAGGAGCUUUACGUUUAACAGAAAUUAAAAUUUACUUUCUUGUUCUAAAUUAUAGAAAUUACUAUUAUUUGCUGGGAAACCCUUAAAAUGAAAAUUCCAAACAAAAUAAUUAUACAAUAUGUCAAGAUGUUUAUUUCCCAGUAUAUAGAGGAAAGGCACUUCUUCUGUUAAAGUUUCUACAAUUCCAGAUAAGGGUGACUAAUUUACAUAUACUUGCGUUUCCAUAGCAAUAAAAACGAUGCUGCUCUUCAACUUCUAUAUGAAGAUAAUAAAACAAGUUAAAUUUGUGUUUUUUUGGCUAUUACCAAUCUCAUAAAAUACACUUAAUUGCUUGGAAUAACUUCUGCACAGUAAAAAUAGAGGCCUCAUUUAUUGUUACUGCGUAGAUAUUUUAUGCAUAAGAUUCUAUAUGACAAUUAAAUGCAUGUUGAGCAUGUUUCAGAAACACCUGAGCUCUAUUCUACAGAUAAAAAUUAGCGAUAUUACCUUAUUUGGGCAUGUGCGGAUAGUUCUUUGAAAUAAAUUGUAAGAAAGGCAUUAUUUCAUCUCGUAUGACAGGAACAAUAAACAUAUCAAUAAUUGCAACUUAAACCCGGCAUAAUCUGAAAUGUGAUAAACAAACGUAAUCUUUGUUUUUGUUAGUGAUAAAAAAGAUCGCUUUUCAGAGCAUAAUUUAUUAAUAUCUUACAUUACUUGCUCUUUGCUUUGUAUUAUUCUGUUAUGAUUUGUUGUCUUUUAUCCAAAAAAAAAAAAGAUUUGAUGCUUAAUGUAUGUUUUUUUUAUUUAAGAUAAAAAAAAUUUCAUUUACAAGAUAGUUUUGGAAUGGGUUGGAAGAGGGAAGGGGAGGCUAUCAAGCUGGGGUCUGGAAGGGUAGGGGAGGUAACUAGGUUGAUGGGAGAAGGUAGGGGAGGGUACUAGGUUGAUAUCUUGGUUGAGACAAGGUAGGGGAGGUUACUAGGGUAAGGACUGGGUUGAGACAAGGUAGGGGAGGUUACUAGGGUAAGGACUGGGUUGAGACAAGGUAGGGGAGGUUACUAGGGUAAGGACUGCAUUGAGAGAAGGUAGGGGAGGUUACUAUGUUGAUUAUUGGGUAGAAAUUGAGUAAGGGAGGUUACUAGGGUAAGGACUGGGUUGACACAAGAUAGGGGAGGUUACUAGGUUUGGGACUAUGAGCAGAUGUAGGAAUUGUGGGUAAAAUUUUAUUACAUAAUUUUAAAUUUUGCCAAAUCCUAAAUUAUCACUUUUAUGUGAGUUUAGAAAAGGUUACCUGAAAAAUUGAUCCCACUAAAGGUCUGUUGAUGACCAAAUGCUUUUGUUUUAAUUAUCAAUAAAUUAUUCUUUAAAAAAUGCAUCAUGAUAAUUCUUUACAUACACAUUAUAAAAGAUAAAUAAAGACGAUUUCUAUGACGAGAGAAAAAUAUAUUACAGACGGCAUUUUUGCAAUUACUAUAUCAGUUAUUUGUCAUGAUUUUUUUGGGAAUUUAUUACGGAAAUCGGUCACCAUCUUAAAUGGCCAGUGCAUUUGAAUACACAUGUCUGUAGAAUAAUAAUUAUGAUGAUACAUACAGUUUUAUUAUAUUUUCAUUGUUAUUUGAAUGUUUUGUUCUAUUUUUGUCACUUAUUUACAUUCUAUAUUUCAUUAUUUACCCUUUGAGUUUUUUUUUAAAAACUUUUCCAUUUUGAUAUAGACCGUAUAUUAUGUAUUAAUUAAUUUUGUAAUAUCAAGGCUUCUCUGUAAAAUUGCAAAUUGUUUAAUUGUAUGAAUUAAAUGUUUUAAUACUAAAUGAUGCAUGUAGAUGUUUUAUUGUUGCAUAGCAACAUAUAAAUUGUUGAUGAAAAAUGUUGCUAAGCAACCACUUUUUGAAUAUGCCUUUUGGGCUAAGUAAGCAUAUUGUGAUGAUAAAAAGAGUGGUCUUUUGGGGGAAAAAAUCACUUUUUUUGCAUCAUAUGAUUUGUAUUGUAAAUACAUAUAUAAUAUAUAAUAUAAAUCAGAAAUCAGCUCAAAGCUAGUUUUGUGUUAAUGUGCUAUUUUUUUCCUUAUAUAUUAUUAUACAUUUAUUGUAUAUUUUGGUCAAUGUAAAUUUAUUGUGUAUAAUGCUUAUAAAGCUGUGAAUGGGGAUCAGAGUGUAAGCUUAUUUUUGUUUUAGAAACAGUGCUUAAAGCUAUGUCAACAAUGUUUAAAUUUAUUUGAGCCGCGUCACUACAAAACCAACGUUAUGCAUUUGCGACCAGCAUGGAUCCAGCUGCGCAUCCGUGCAGUCAGAUCAGGAUCCAUGCUGUUCGCUAUCAGUUUCUCUUAUAAUAGGGUUUGUAAGCAAACAGCAUGGAUCCUGAUCAGACUGAGUGGAUGCUCAGGCUGGUCUGGAUCCAUGAUGGCCACAAACCCAUUACGUUGGUUUUGUCAUGACGCGGCUCAUUUUAUCAUUGAAUGUAAUGUCUGAAUAGAUUCAAUCAUAGGUUCUGCAGUGCUUCAAUGGAUUGAUUCACAUUUCCAAAUUUUGUCUGCGGUUAUUUAUAUAUUUUAAGGUGUUAUGUCACAUCAGCGAUAUAUCUGAUAUUGUUAAACAAUGAAGAUAUCCGAACGCUGGGUGGCAUACCUUAAUAUUUUGCCUUUGUUAAGCCAUAUCAUGUUUUUCUUUUACAACAUGUUUUUUUAAAAUAUGUUAAAGCUGUAUAUUGAGUAAUAUUUGUAUAAUUUUGGUCUCUACAUACUCAAAAUUCUGUGUAAUUCUUUCUUUUUUUUAGUCCACAUUCGCUGUUUAGGACUCUAAAAUUUAUGUAUUGAUUAUUAUUAUUAUAUUGUUUUGUUGUACUCAUUACUGUUGUGAAAAUGUUUAAUGUCAUUGCAACAAAGAAAGUACUUUAUAUUCUUAAGGCAUUUUUUUUUUCAAAGUGGAAAUAAAGACAAUAUAGAAAUUCAAAUGUACUUGUUCUGCUAUGGCUUGGGAUCUCUGAAUAUCAUGAUAAAACAUUUAUUUUGCUUGACUCGAAAUUUUUUGGUAAAAAAGUGAAGAUAUUUUGACUUCAACAACUUGUAAUCAGAACAACAACAUUAUUAUUUAACCAGGAAUCUUGAAAACAAGUUUGAUAAAGCCAGGGAUGUAUAAAUCUUAGGAGACAUCAUGUCACAUAAAAAAUGAAUAGGUUCAUAUCAUGUCACAUGAAGAAAGGGAUAGAUUCAGUUCUAUAUAACAUACAACAACAUUCAAUACUGUUUAUUUAUUAUUAUUAUUCAUUAUUUAUUAUUAUUUACUUAAGAAUAAAAAUCUAUGAAGUCUUAACAUAGAAAAUCAGUGAGAGAACAUUGUGCCAGAAAGCAUCAUGCUUAAGGUCAAGGUCUGUUAAUGAAACAAGGGCAUAUGGGUCAAGGGUCAGUAUUCUAAAUUAAGGAAAACAAUUUAUAUAUUCAGAAAACUGGCAAUUUGUAUCAAUAUAAAGUACUUUCUUUUGCAAAGAGAUCAUUGUCCAUUUUUUUUGUUGAGGAUUUGUUCAAUAGAUUACAACAUUCUGCUGCCCUGUCAUGUAACCUUUAACCUGUUGAUCUUGUGUGAUGGACUUGCCCUACUUUUAAUUUGGAAUCCUUUUGCAGUUAGGGAUUUCAAUACUAAAAUACAUAAAUUGAGCUUCAAAAACAGUAUAGAGCAACUAUCAGACUGCACAGAUUGCAGGCUUACCUAACUCCAUAUUGGUUACAAAGACUUGCCUAACUCUAUACUGGUCAUCUCUAUACUGGUGGCAAAGCCUUGCCUAACUCUACGUUGGCAAAGGCUUGCUUAACUCUAUACUAAAGUCAAAGGCUUGCCUAACUCUAUACUGGUGGUAGAGGCUUGCCUAACUCUAUACUAAAGGCAAAGGCUUGCCUAACUCUAUACUAAAGGCAAAGGCUUGCCUAACUCUAUACUGGUGGCAAAGCCUUGCCUAACUCUAUACUGGUGGCAAUGCUUGGCUAACUCUAUUCUGGUGGCAGAGGCUUGCCUAACUCUAUACUGGUGGCAAGCCUUGCCUAACUCUAUACAGGGUCAAGGUUUGCCUAAUUCCAUACUGGUGGCAAAGGCUUGCCUAACUCUAUACUGGUGGCAAAGGCUUGCCAAACUCUAUACUGGUGGCAAAGGCUUGCCUCACUCUAUACUGGUGGCAAGUCUUGCCUAACUCUAUACUGGUGGUAGAGGUUUGCCUAACUCUAUACUGGUGGCAAGGUUUGCCUAACUCUAUACUGGUGGCAAGUCUUGCCUAACUCUAUACUGGUGGCAAAAUUUGCCUAACUAUAUACUGGUAACUCUAUACUGGUGGCAAGGCUAAUCUAUUCCAGUUCCAGCAGGUUAAGGGCUAUUGAUUUUUUUGCUGUUCUUAAUGAAGUUCUAGUCAUUGCUUUCCUAUAUUUGUCCCAUUUUUCUUAUUGACAUAAGCGACUGAUCAAAGAAAGAUCAAAGUCUCUUAUAACAAGGAACAAAGAAUAUAAUUAUAUAAUGAAUUGAAUUGAUUUUGAUUAGGAAGAAAAUGAAGUAUAAAUCUCAUAUGCAUGCAUGUUAUGAUUUUUUUCUGAUUUUUUUAAAAAAUUAUUUCAAGACAAUUUAAGCAAUCCUUUUUUUAACAUGAUCAUUAUUUACAAGUUUAAAUGCCAGUAAUAUAAGUUGACUAAGGAGGGGCAACACAGUUAAGGAUGCCUAGUUUUCCCUAUAAUCCACUAUCAAAUGUUUAUAUUGCUUCCUAAAAAUAUAGGCUGUGUAACUGUCAUUAUUGAGCAACUUUGUUUGGUUAAAGCCAAAGGAAAAAAAAAAUAAUAAUUUUGAUUUUGUAGUCAAACUUUGAGAUUUGCAACAACAGUUUAAUAUUUUUUAAGUUCAGAUUUAAGUAACUGAAAAAAAAAACACAUUUUAUUUCUAAUCAGAAUUUUUGUCUUAAAUUUAAAAAAAUUGUAGUAAAAACUGAGUGUCAAAUUCACCAUUAUUUAAAAUUUACGUUUAUAGUCCUAUCUAUAACUUAUCUCAGAAUUGUUUUGAGCACUUUUGUCAUAAGAA